AUGGUUGCAGUAAUGGAGUCAUCUCAAGGUUUGAGGGUGUUUAAUGGACCUCCGCCUCCACCCAUUGCUCAAUCUGCACCUCCUCCUCCACCACCAUCUGCUUUACGUUGGGAAUGCCGAUCAUCGGCUCACAUGUCACUGAAGGAAAUGCUCGAACGAAUUGCUGCUCAACAUGAUCUCACUCACAUUCCUCAACGUGAUCGGCUCAAGGAAGGAAGACAGGUGUAUUGGUUCGGAACGCAGUCUAUUUAUUUGGAUCGAAAUAUUGUUUAUGUCAUGGACACGCAAUCUUUCUCAUGGCGACCAGUCGGUAUGGAGGAACUGCUUCAAUUGGCUGGAGUUGGUUAG